CAGCCGCUGCAUUCAAACUUUCUCUCGGCCCGCUUGAUCACCAAACUCCUCUCCAACCAAUCAACCAACCCGCGUUAAGGAAGCAACAUCCUCCGAAGUUGCCGGCACAGGUACCUUUGGAUAUCUACCAGUCGAAUAGCGGAUAAGCGACAUUGCUCACUGGGAAUAGCUUUCACAAUGCCUCCACGAAUUCCUCUGCCUUCGCGGGCUUCACCGACGGGAUUCCUCGUCUCGCAUGCCUCUCCCAGAAUGACACGCGCUUACACCCCGCCCGCGGCUCGCGCUGUCGUACAUGCACCCACGCAACCACCUUCGCACCGCGCCGCCGAUGCCCGGAAAACGCAGCUUCACCGUACCUACCUGUCGCUGCUGCGAUCCUCGCCUGUGAUGCUGCUGUUCCAACACAACAAUCUGCGGGCCACAGAAUGGACGGCCCUGCGGCGGGAGGUGGUUACGGCACUGUCGAAGAUUGCCCCCAAGGGAGAGGCAGACGAGAUCGCAAGCAACAUCAAGAUCAACAUCUUGCGUGGCGCUGUGUUCUCAUCUGCGAUGCGCGUUGCCGAGUUCUACGAUCCCAAGAUUGACGGGAAACAGCACGGUACGUCGAGGGAGGCGUAUGAGUUCUCGAAGAGGCAGAAGAAGCAUCCGCUCGACGUGCUACUCACUGGACCCGUCGGUGUGGUUACCUUCCCCGCGGUGUCGCCGGUACACCUUCAGACGGUGGUGAACAUCAUGUUUCCGGCCGGAAGGGCUGUCAAGGGAAUGGACCCGGCUGCGGUGAGUGGCCUGCAGAAGUUGUUCCUGGUUGCUGCGAGGGUGGAUGGCCACGUUGCGGUUGGAAGUUUGGGAGUGGGACGGGUGCUGGAUUCCAGCAUGGUGAGAUGGGUCUCGAGCUUGCCGGGCUUGACGGAAUUGAGGGCCCAGCUUGCGGGUAUGCUGCAGACUACUGGUGGUGGCGACCUGGUCCGGAGCUUGGAGUCUAUUCCUAUUUCCAUUGUCCGCACCGUCGAUGCGCACCGGAAGAUUCUCGGCGGCGAGCUCGGGGGAGAAGAGAGCAAGGUGGAGGGAGAAGAGAGCAAGCCAGAAUAGAUGGGUCAGAACAAUGUAAAAUACUUCAUAUUUCUGUUGGUCUGUCAAGACUCGGUGUUCUUGCUGUGUAAUUUAUUUGGGAAUAGAACGUAAGUCAAAGGCAAACCUCGAGGCCAGGU